AAAAUAAUUAAUUUUUAGUUCUUAUAAAAUAAAGGGCUGAAAUUCGUGAUUAAAAUUUUUUUAUAAUUACAUUUUUUGCCUAUAAAUAUCAGCAUUAUUCUACUUCAUUUUCCUUCCAUUAUAAGAUUAUUCUGUUUAAGAUUUAAAAAGAGUUUUUGAGGGGAAAAAAAGAAGAAGAAGAAGAAAUGGCAGAUUCUUCACGAAGUUCAUUUAUUCUUCUAUUUUCUAUGCUUCUUUUAAUUACUCUAUCCCAUAUGACUGAGGCUUCUGGUAGUGCUAAGCUUCGUCCUUCAGAUUGCAAGCCAAGAUGCAGUUACCGAUGCUCGGCGACGUCGCAUAAGAAGCCAUGCAUGUUCUUUUGUUUAAAAUGCUGUUCUAAGUGCCUAUGUGUGCCGCCUGGUACUUAUGGCAACAAGCAAAUUUGCCCUUGUUAUAACAAUUGGAAGACCAAGGACGGAGGUCCCAAAUGCCCUUGACAAUUUCCCAUUUUUCUUAAUUUUUUUCUAUUAUUGUUGUCUUAAAUAAGGUUACUUCAAUUAAGAAUUAUAUGAUGUACUUUCAUUGUAUUUUUAGUCUAGGGUAUAGAUUCCUAAAAAAAAGUGAAUCUUGUCCAUCUAUUGGAGGUUUUUGGCUCUAUCACUGUAUUUUUCUUUCAAUUUUUUGAACUAGGGAAGGGGCAUCAUAUUAUUUAGAUUUUAUUUUGUUUUUUCUUUAAAAUACUUAUAUUUUUUUUCUGGUAAAAA